UCCGCUCACAUUACCUGCCUGCCCCCACGACAGUUUUGCUGUCUUUAUUAUUCUCAUCGUUGAAAGAUCUCUUACCAGUGCCCCCACAUCUGGAGCUUUAUCCAUACACCGUAAGAUAAUUAUUAUGUACUCUACCGUGCAAAACUGCUUCAAUGUUUCGCUGCUUUCUCUUCUUUUUUGUUAUUUUCUCCACAAUCCUUCACUGCAUUAGCUCCAGUUUUGGCUCAACUGUAGCACUGCCAUUGAUGAACAUCUUUACCGGUUACCACGGCGCUAGCUUACGUCAUAGUUGUAUAAUAGGAUUUAUUCGCAGAAAUAUCAAUGAAGCAGUUUUGGAGGUGCAUAAAAACCUUACGUCAAAAAGUGUUUGCGCGUCCAUGUCUACUGAGAAGUUGCACCGUCUUCAAUUUUUUUUUCGUUAUUCUUGUAACAUCCAUCGUACCUUACCUGUAUGCUAAAGGUGAAGCCGAUCCCUGAAGCCACGGUCAAGAAGGCCAUAGAGCUCAUGUUGGAGGGUCUUUCU